AUGCCGUUAACAAAGCGAAAACAUUUAAGUGAAAAGGAAGAACUACUGGAAAACGGUGACAACAAUUCCGCACAACAUGAAAGAAGUAAUAUUAAGGGAGAUGAAUUAAAUAUUUCUGUCUUGUUGUUCCUAUAUACCCUCCAGGGUAUACCUUUAGGGCUCGCUGGUGCAGUGCCCAUGCUACUACAAAAUCGCGGCAUAACUUACACACAACAAGCUGAAUUUAGUUUUGUCAAUUGGCCAUUUAGUGUAAAAUUAUUAUGGGCACCAAUAGUAGAUGCAUUAUUUUGGCCCGAGUUUGGACGAAGGAAAACUUGGCUAGUCCCUGUACAAUACUUACUGGGUAUUGUCAUGAUCAUUAUGUCAAACUCUAUCACUGACUGGCUUGGAUCUGAAGAUGUUGCCCCCUCAAUGAUGUACCUUACAAUAUCAUUCCUGUUCCUAAACUUCUUGGCUGCUACUCAAGAUAUAGCUGUUGAUGGGUGGGCACUAACUAUGUUGAAAAGGUGUAAUGUUGGACAUGCCUCAACAUGUAAUACAGUAGGACAAACAGCUGGCUUUUUUCUCGGUUAUGUCUUAUUUCUUGCUCUAGAAUCACCUUACUUCUGUAACAAAUAUAUUCGUUCGGAACCUGAAGCAACUGGUAUUGUUACACUAGCUAGCUUCCUGUUAUUCUGGGGCUGGAUAUUUAUUAUAACCACUACUUUAAUUGCUGUAUUUAAACAUGAAUCAAAUGAUACUACCGUCAAGGAGAAUAAUGAUACGAGAGGUUUAAAAGAUGUUGUUAAUGCAUAUAAACAGCUGUAUACAAUUAUGAAACUGCCAGCUGUGCGCACAUUAGCUCUUGUGCUCUUUACUGCUAAGCUUGGGUUCUGUGCCAGCGAUGCAGUAUCAGGUCUUAAGCUUGUGGAAGCUGGUGUCCCCAGGGAGGACUUAGCUCUAUUAGCAGUGCCAUUAGUCCCAGUACAAAUUAUAAUGCCAGUGAUCUUAGCGAAGCACACAACGGGUCCAACCCCUUUAUCGCUGUGGUUACGUGCUUUCCCGUUGCGCCUGCUGGUGGGGCCCCUCGCCGCUGCUCUCGUAGCCAUCACACCGACUCUUCUCGGUGAUUCCGGACCCACGUACUCCUAUUUAUUCCUCCUACUGUGUCUUUAUGUAUUUCAUCAGACAUGUCUCUACUGCAUGUUCGUCGCUGUAAUGGCGUUCUUUGCUAAAGUUUCUGAUCCAACUGUCGGGGGCACUUACAUGACGUUUUUAAACACUAUGUCAAACCUUGGUACAAACUGGCCGAACACGCUGGCCCUGUGGGGCAUAGACCACCUCAUGUACAAGACUUGUACGGCGCCAACUUUAACCGAUAAUACCUGCUCGUCGCCUUUAGAAGUAGAUUUGUGCAAAUCAAAUGAAGGCCGCUGUGAAGUAGUCAUCGACGGUUUCUACAUAGAAACAACGAUCUGCCUCGUCGUUGGAUUCCUCUGGCUGCAGUGGGGGAGGCCAACUAUAAACAGACUCCAACGACUACCUGCUUCAGCAUGGCAAAUUAGCCUGUACAACAGUUAA